AUGGCAGCACUCAAUAGUGCUUUCAGAGCAGAAUCCAGCUAUGAAAAUCUUCAUGAUCACAUAGAGUUAUUUAAUACGCGGUCUUUACCCAGGUGUUUACCAAGCGGAGCCCCACCAGUAAACGAAACUUACCAAGAGGAAGCAGUAUACCAGAAUUACGAAGGGAAUAACAGACCAGUAGCAACCAAUAGUGCUUUUAGAGUAGAACCCGACGAUGAACAUCUUUAUGAUCACAUAGAGUUAUCCAAUAGACAGCCUGUACCAAGCGGAGCCACAGCAGAAAACCAAAUUUACCAAGAAGUAGCAAACCAGACUUACGAAGGGAAUAACAGACCACAAGAACCCAUGAAAAAUAUUGCGAUACGUCACCGUAUGUCAUUUGCUAUGAUAGCUGUUCUGGUCCUAUGCCUCGUGGCAACGGUUGGUGCAUCGAUCAGUUUAGCCAUCAUAAUGUCUUCUGACGGUAAUAUUUUAGUUAAUUUGAAUGUGGCUUAUUCUUAUAAUACAUGUUUUUAAACCAGUUGAUUUAGAUUGAUCCAACCAUCUUUCACCCCGGGGGGAACUCCCAUAUAAAAGUGACGGGGGUGCUAAUCGGAAAAUUAAAAUUAUAGCCCUAAGGGAGACCAAUGUGGGUGUGGCUAAAGCUUAAAAGGAGAGCAUACUAAAACAGACUUCAUGGCAUUUUUUGUAAAUUUUUUUUUUAUGCACAGCCCUAAGCGAUACCUGAAUGGGCAAAAUGCAGUGACUUUCCUUCCGAAACACCCCAAGUGAGACCAAAAUUUGCAAUUUGCACGGCCUAAGCGAGACUACGAGCAUCCCCAGUCACUUUUAUAUGGGAGUCCCCCGGGUCUUUCACUUUAUUUCAUUGUACGCAGCGGAUGGUAUUGGCCAUCUUUCGUUCCCUUUCACCAGGGCAAUCAGCACGUUUCAGGGUUUACAUCAGAUUAUUUUUAGGCCACAAGCACUUGGGUGACCGGAAAUCGUAUGAUCUUUAG